CUUCGAACCCCCACCACUCCGCACCCGCAUCUACCCUACGAAGCCUGGGAGUGCUCUGCUCGUGCCCCGUGGUUCAAUCACUCAUAGCCAGUGGUGUACUAGAUUCCAGCUGCUUAGGUGACCCAAAAUCAGAUUUUCUUGUCCGAGUCUAUCUCUUCCAACUCAGUCGAUUGCCAAGGUUUCCGAGAUAUUGCAAGUCCACUCUGGGUUUCCGCUGCCACCCCCUAACGUCCAUGGAUUUUGAUUCAACUUAUGAUACUGUUUGUGUAGCAGAUUUUAUCCUUCAUAAAGGCUUCAAAAGAGUAGCUCUCCAGUUCCCAGAUGAACUAUUGAAGCAUUCAACAAAAAUAGUAGCGGCGCUGCACAAAAAGAUCCGAGCACUCGGAGAGUCAAGUGGAGACACAAAGGAUGUCAAAUUGUACGUAAUGGCUGAUACGACUUAUGGCAACUGUUGUGUUGAUGAGGUUGGAGCAGCUCAUGUAAAUGCGGACUGUGUUAUUCAUUAUGGUCAUACAUGCCUUAGUCCGACGUCAGCAAUUCCUGCAUUCUAUGUUUUUGGAAAAGCUUCCAUCAAUGUUCCAAAUUGUGUAGAAAAACUGUAUGGAUACACAUUGCAAUUUGAAAAGCCAAUUUUGGUUCUUUAUGGGCUUGAAUAUGCACACGCCAUACCAAAGAUCAAGGAAGUUGCAAUAGCAGAAUCUUCAAGAUUAUAUAGCUCAUCUAAUUUGGAACUUCCUUAUGCGGAUGUAAUAAACUUUGUUACUAGUCCAACAGCAGUUUUUAGAUCUGUGGAUAACAAUCCUGAAGAUGUUGACUGUGGAACUGAUAAUGGAAGUCAUUCUAAGGAAACAUAUACUAUAGGAGGGUUGUCUUGGAGCUUAAAUAAGGGACAUAAGAUGAAAGAUUAUUUGCUUUUUUAUAUCGGUUCAGACAAUUCAGCUUUUGCUAAUGUGCUAUUGACAUUCAACAGUUGUGAACUAGUCAGAUACGAUGCAGCUCAAGAUUUGUUGGUCACUAACUUCUCUUCACAGAACAAGAUUCUUAGGCGUAGGUAUUUUCUAGUUGAGAAAGCGAAGGAUGCCGGUAUUGUUGGGAUCUUGGUGGGAACUCUUGGAGUAGCUGGUUAUCUCCACAUGAUUCAUCAAAUGAAAGAUUUGAUCACAAGGGCUGGGAAGAAAGCCUAUAUUUUUGUUAUGGGUAGGCCAAAUCCUGCCAAGCUUGCUAACUUCCCUGAGUGUGAUGUUUUUAUAUAUGUUUCUUGUGCACAAACAGCUCUAUUGGAUAGUAAAGAGUUUUUAGCUCCCAUUAUUACACCCUAUGAAGCAAUGCUUGCUUUCAAUAGAGGAAGUCAGUGGACCGGAGAAUAUGUGACUGAGUUCCGCGAUUUGCUUGGGUCUGCUCCGGUGGAAGAAAAUGAGCAAUCAGAGGAAGCAAGAUUUUCUUUCCUCCAAGGUGGAUACAUGGAAGAUUUUGAUCAAAAAGAGCCCCAUGAUUUGGAGGAGGAGGAGGAGGAUGGAGUUUCUGCAUUGGUGAGCAUCACACAAAGAGCUCUCCAAGUUCGGGAUAGUGAAACGAAGAAGACGAUGGUGGGAACAGCAAAGUCAGGGGCAGAAUUCUUUGCAGCUAGGUCCUUCCAUGGUCUUGACAUUCAUCAUUCUGAGAGCAACACCAUCACUGAGCCACUUUUGAUGGGUAGGAGUGGGAGGGCCUCGGGGUACACACACGAGCGGACCACGCCUCAUACUUAGCCUUCGUUUGGGAACAUCGUUUUUAAUUAUCGUUAGGCCCCGUUUGGUACAUGGAAUUCAAACUAUGGAAUUGGGAUUGAGGACCUCAAUUCCAAUUUUGGUGUUUGGUAGCACAAAAAUUAUGUGAAUUUAGAACUGAUAGUGCAAAAAAUGAACUGGAAUUGG